AUGAAACUUCUACUUUGGGCCUGCAUUGUGUGUGUUGCUCUUGCAAAGAGGAAGCGUUUCCCCUUCAUUGGUGAGGAUUACAAUGGUUACCAUCCUUACCCACUUAAUCCUUCUCUGAAUAAUCUCUAUCAGCCACCAACCAAUUAUUUCCCUCCUCCUUACUAUCCCCCACAGAAUAACUUCCCCAGUUACCCUGACUUUGUUAAGCCUGGUGCACAGAUCCCUCCAUACCCUUGGGUUCUCACUGCUCCUGGUGCCCCUGCUUUCUAUCCCAACCCUAAUUAUCCCCCAGCUCCUUGGUUUGUCCGUCCACCACCUCCACCUCUUGCUGCUUCUUCCUCCUCUCUUCCUCCCUCAAGUAAUCCUGAAGUAUCUGCAGCCCAGCCUCCUUCCAUUCACCCUUCUGCAGCCAAGCCUGUAGUAGAUGAGCCUAUGAUCGCUGAGCCUGCUUCGGCCAUAUCUCCUGUGGCCAUGCCUGCUGUCCCAGAAUCUCAGUCUUCUUGA